UCAUGAACGUUGCAUUGACAAUCGUUUGAAGCUCCGUCUGUAUUGUAUAUAAACACUGUCUUCACUUCUGUCGUUCCCAAUAUUUACUGAACAUACUUUCUACCAUACCCAAGAUGCCCGACGUAACAGUAAUCAAUAACCUUAGUGAAGAAAUCCAUGUUGCUUUCUUCGUAGGCGUACCCGCCAAUUGGAAAAAUCACCUCAAGCCCGGAGAACGUUGGACAACGCACCUAGCCAGCCUCCCGCUUCACUUUGAAGCACGCUCUGUGACCGGGAAUCGCGAGUUCAGCCACAACGAAUCCAUGGAGAUGCUUGCAACCAUCGGAGGCACUUGCGCUGCUGGUACUGCUGCUUCGGUAGUUUCAGCAGGUGCAUUGUUUGCCAGUGACAUGCUUGCUGGCAUACCCGUGGUUUCGGUGCCACUUAUGGCUGCUGCGAGUGCUGGUGGCACGAAAUACGGUGAGUGGGGUGCAGAUGUGAGGAAGUGCACUGCGAGGGUGUGGGUGCCGCUGUGGGACCAGCCGCAGUAUUCAGUUAGAGUGGUUGAUGGGAGGUGUGUUCUGUGGGAUGUCGAUGCUGAUAGAGUGGUCUGAUAGCUAUGGCUGACGAGCUGUAUGACUGACUCUCAUGAUGCACGUUCCAUUUGUAAGUCAAAUAUUGUCAUUGUACAUAUCAGUAGCUAGCCAGGUCCAGGGCCUGCAUGAAAAACUACGCCAAC